AUGAGGUUGGAGGCUUGGGUGGGCAGGGAGCAGGAGUUGAUGAAACAAAUAACUUGCCCUUAUUUUUUUUACAGAUUUCUUCUUCUCCUCUCCGGCGUUCAGGUUUCGGGAUCUGUGAAGGGCUGUGGAGGAGAUGGGAGGAUCUGUGGCCAACAGAUUUCAAAACCCAACAUUGAGAAACCUGUCGGGCAAAGCCCCGAAUCUCUAACCGAGUUUAAACAGCUCAACAACAAACUGCGGGAGACGGGCUCGGUCGCUACCAACUUCAUUCGCUUCAUUGGGCUGACCGACAGCAAGAGUCUAGACAGGAGUUGCUGCAAUAAUGGUGGAACAUGUAUCCUGGGAAGCUUCUGUGCGUGCCCGCCACCUUUCGUUGGCAGAUACUGUGAGAGGGAUGAACGUCUCAAAAUGUGUGACAAAACUCCAGAAAACGAAUGGGUGUUAAAGCAAUGUACCUGGUGUAAAUGCGGCAAUGGAAGAUUUCAAUGCGCAAAACACUUGGGAAGGAUUGAGAAAUGUGAUCCAGGCCAAGAAGAUGAUUUCUUUAACAGCUAUAGUGUAUUGAUUGGUGGUGGCUCCAGGCUAGUGGUAACGCUGUACUUGCUAUUGUCUGCAUUGUGCUUUGUUGUAAUAGUUGAGCUAUGAUUUUAUGGACUGUGCGAGAUGUAUUUAAAUUUUGUAAACUACCUAUGGAGGGCUGCUAUUACUGCUGUAAUUUGCCUUUUUUGCGGAGUCUGGAUCUCCUCCAGUAUUUGGCUCCACUGAUUAUCCACAAAAGAAUAUAAUUGAAGCACCGUUUGAAAACGCACCACUGUAUAGUUACAGGCCCAAGGAAAGUACAACAUAUGAAUUAAUACUUCCAGUCAGGACUUUUUUUUCAAAAAUUGCAUUUUUAAUAUUUUUUCUCACUUCCCAACAUCUUGGUGAUUACCAGCCUAGUUUUCAGAUGGUCAACCUGAUAAAUAAAAGGAACCUGGAAUAACAUUGGACACAUCUUGGAUGCAAUGCAAUUUUUUUGUGCAUCUGUGUCUCUUAUUUGUGCAAUUGUCAUACAAGUUUUCUUUAUUGAUAUGCCUGAGUCUAAUGUCUAAUUUUAUUUUCUUAGCGAUUGGUAGUCUGAUUUUCAUAUGUGCAGCUGUUCUUAUAGUGUGACAGCUAUAGCCCAUGACUCCUUGAUCCUUGACUUCAUUGAAUCCUUCAUUACAAUGGAUUGCAGGGGUCUAUAGACCCACAUGUGGACAAUCGGGUUGACAAUCUCUAUUAAUAUCAUAAGAUCACAACUGCUUUCAUUGUACUUUGAUACAUUGUUUGUCUGUAAAGCCAGAUUAACAGUUAAAGUAUA